UGCAGUGUUUUACUCUUUAACUGAUGUAAAAAGUUGGAUUGUCCAAAUGUAUGAGUGUGACACUUUAGCAAUUCUAUAAAUACUUCCCUUACUCAAGCCUAGAGAGGACCACUUCUCUACUUUGUCAACAACCUGCUGAAAUUGGCAUGAGCCUGCUAACAUAAAUUCAUCCUAUUUUCCUCUUGUGACAUUUGCAUUGUGCAUGUCCAUAUAGUCAUUUAGUCGUGUCUAGAAAGUAGUCGUCUUGUUACUGGAAGGCGAAAGUCUAUACAUAGUCGUUUAGUGGUGUGUUGAUGAAAGUAGUCAUCUUGUCACUACCAUGUUGAAUGACAUAUAGCCAUUUAGUGUCGUGCUGAGAGUUGUUGUCUUGUUGCUGGUAGGUGAAUCUUCUAGUUCACCAUUUAACUAGUGACGUGUUGUACUAGUCGUCUUGUUGCUGGCAAGUGAAUCUCCUGGCUAGCCAUUAAUUAGUGAUGUGUUGAGAGUACUAGUCGUCUUGUUGUUGGCAGGUGAAUUUUCUGGCUAGCUAGCUUAUUUAGUGGUAUGCAUGAAGUAGUCGUCUUGUUAAUCGUUUAGUGGCAAUAGGUGUAGAGAGUAGUUGUCUUGUCACUAGAAGGUGAAUCUUCUAGAUUAUUAAUUGUUACCCUCAUCAUGCCAACUACCAUGGUGGCGAAACGAGCUCGUGUCAUGUGGUGGAUGAGGCUACACUCAGCUAUUCGAACCGCCUUAGCAUGCAUCAUAGUAGGGUGUGUCACCCUCUAUAGUCCACCUUCUCUUGCGAAGCAACUAGCAUUUCCUUCUUUUUCCUACGUGACGUCGAUAUUCAUAGUAUCCGACGCCACGUUAGGCCAUGCCCUAAGGGGAUGUUGGCAUGCAUGUCUUGCCACACUUCAAACCAUGCCACUUUCCAUGCUAGGCCUAUGGCUUCAUAAUUAUGUCGCCACCGACCACUACUCGCCCGAGGUAGCCGCCCUCAUGGUGGCGGUGAGCGCGUUUUUGGUGGCGUUACCGGAGAGUACCGACUUAAUGUGCAAGAGAAUUGCCUUUGGACAAUUUGUUAUAGUGUAUGUUGAUGCUGUUAUUCAUGGGCUUUAUGUCAAUUCUCCUAUGAUGCACCCUCUUAGAAUUGCUUUUAGCACUUUACUUGGAGCUUUGGCUUCUAUCUUAGCUUUGUUGCUACCCUAUCCUUGGCUAGCUUAUCAUGAGGUGAAAAAAUUAUACCAAAUUUAUGCAGAAAGUGCAACAGGAAGAAUAAAUUUAUAUUUGAAAGCCAUUCAUACUCAAGAUGAUCAAAUAACCAUGGAGCUAAUUUCUCAAACAAAGCCCUUUACUGAUACAGGAACUAAGCUUCUUGAAACUAUCAAAUUCUUGGAGGAAGGUUUGCAAUGGGAGAAACCUUGGUUGAGAUACUUGAAUCACAAUUUCACAGAUCCAGGACUUGGUUUACAAAACAUGGAUGUAUCAAUGAAAGGAAUGGAAUUGGCUAUAACUUCUUGUCCAAUUUUUCCCACAAGAAUGAUAGAUAAAGAGCUUUUUAAAGUCACACAUCAUGUUAUGAUGUUUCUUGGUCAAAUAAUGGGGCAAGAAAGAUCAUUUUUACCACAUAAUUCAGUAACAGAAGGGGAGUUUGAGAAGGAGUACUCUUCUAGGCAUUCUAAUGAACCAAUCUUACCAACAAAACAAGAUCAAGCAGCACUCUUCUUCUUAUCUUGUUUCAGAAUGUGCACGAGUGACUCUGAAACGAUCACACCUAUAAACGAAGGACUUAGAGCCACAACAGAAAGAAGUAGUAGUAGUAGUAACAGAUCGUGUUGCAGACGAGUCUGCAUUGAUAGGACUAUGCUAAUAAUCAAUGAGAGAAUGGUGGUAUUCGCGUUCAAGUGUUCACUUUCAUUAGGCCUGGCUGUGUUGCUUGGUCUGCUAUUUAAUAUUGAAAAUGGUUACUGGUCAGGCCUCACAAUAGCCCUCAGCUUUGUUACAAGGAAACAAGCAAUUUUCACAGAAGCAAAUGCAAGAGCACAAGGAACAGCUAUAGGAUCAGUGUAUGGUGUACUUGCCUGUACUAUUUUUCAAAAAGUCGCGCAAAUAAGGUUCUUAUCUCUUCUCCCAUGGAUAAUUUUCACCACAUUUUUAAGGCAUAGUAGGAUGUUCACUCAAGCAGGGGGAACAGCAGCAGUAAUAGGUUCACUACUGAUUUUAGGCAGAAAAAGUUAUGGUCCACCUAGUGUAUUCGCAAUUUACAGACUCACUGAGGCCUUCAUUGGACUAGCUUGUUUCGUCGUUGUUGAACUUAUCCUGCAACCUACAAGUUCAGCAACUUUAGUAAAAAAACAUCUCUAUCUAAUCCAAGGAACACUCAAUGAAUGCACUGAACACAUGGUAGUUGAUUCAAGACAAAAGGGGUUAAUGGAGAAGCAAAGGAAUCUGAAAUCUCAAGUCCAAGACUUGGAAAAGUUCAUUAAAGAUGCAGUCUUGGAACCUAGAUUCUGGUUUAUUCCUUUUCCAAUUUCUUGCUACCAAAAGCUCCAAAUGUCUUUGUCAAAGAUGGCAGAUGUUCUGUUCUUCAUGUCCUGUGAUAUCAAAUUCCUCUCUCAAGCGUUCGAUAGGUAUUAUCCUGAUAAAAGGGAGCUUCAACAAUACAUUAACAACAACUUACAGCAUUUUAAUGAUGCUCUAUGCUCUUCAGUGAGCUCCUUUGAGAAAAUUAUUUCUAUCAGACUGUUAAAAACUUCUCAAAUCCAGCCAGAGCAGAAUAUAUUGAAUGAUCUUGAAGAAGGGAAUUCAUCAUGUCCAAGGGGGGAUGUAAUGUAUUCAAGAAACGACGAGGAGAUGGAGAUGAUUCUGAGUUCUUUUCUUCAGAACUCAAACGAGGUCAAUGGUAAAGUGAGGGACAUUGCAGGUAUAGAGCUUAGAGGAACGAUUGUCGGUUGUUUGUGUUCUUUAGAAUUUUGCAUGAGCUUUUUGGAGAAGGAAGUAAGAGACAUCGACAACGCGAUAAAAGAAUUGGUGAAGUGGGAAGAUCCUUUGGGUGAACCAACUUGUUCAUAAGAAUCUGCUACAGGAUUCUGAAGUUACUAUAAGCAAAUCCAUAUGAUCAAUGGACACAAAAGCAUAAAGUUGUAGCUCUAAUAUAGUUGUCUCUCUAGUUUCCUUAAAUCCAAGGCAAUAUAUUAUUUUGAAUCUUCUUUACAUUUUAUCAAACACAUAAUUAUCUAGGCAAUUUAAACUAUAAAUGACUUUAUGGUCAUAACAUAACAAAGAAAACCAUAUUAUAAUAACAAUCUAGAUUAAUGUUGCAAGUUCAAAAUAGAUUUUGCUGUUAAUGUUUAAUUCUUUAGAGGUGCAAAUCACAGAGACAGCAAUUUCUUUUGUUUCGAACAAUAAACACUACUAGAACAUUAAGCAACAGGGGAAGGAAAAGAUAUCAUUUACUCUAUUUGAAGCAAUGUACUGAAUACUGAUCAAUAGUUUUAGCCAAGUUUCUAUGGACCAGAAGCAGUCACAUACAAGUCCAUGCUCAGUAAUUAUAAAUGUUUCGCCACAUCAAAAUUCAAUAUCUAUCAUAUAGAG